AUGGCUUCCAAGGGCGCUACAAAAUCGAGCUCAGCAGCCCUCGGCUCCGUCAUCUUCUUCGUCGUCGUGGUUGGCUCCGCUGGAGCCAGUGAUGGCCGCGAAGCCGCAAGGAAGGUGAAGCCAGUGUCGCUCGCUUCUGUCAAUUUGGUUUCCACUAAUGGGUAUGUCGUCGGACUUGACCUCAGCAGCGAGUUUGUUUCAUGCAGAAUUGACAAUUCCAGCAGUCUCUUCCAACUUCAAUAUCUUGAGAGCCUCAAUUUGGCCAAUAACGUCUUCAAUGGCUCUCAAAUUCCAUCUGCAAUCGGAGAGCUUACAAAUCUGAGGUAUCUAAAUUUAGCCGGUGGUUUCUAUUCCUGGAAAAUUCCCAUUGAGAUUUCACGCUUGACAAGGUUGGUAAGUCUUGAUCUCUCUGGAAAUAACUAUGAUGGGGUUUCGUUAAAACUUGAAAACCCAAAUUUAAGCAUGCUAAUUCAGAACCUCACAGAGCUUAUAGAGUUAUAUCUUGAUUCAGUAAAGAUAUCAGGACAGGGGAGUGAUUGGUGCGAAGCCAUAUCAUCUUCACUGCCAAAUCUGAGUUUGUUGAGCUUGUCUUUUUGUGGUCUUUCAGGCCCUAUAUGUGACUCCCUUGCAAAGCUUCAAUCUCUGUAUGAGAUUGACUUGGGAACUAACUCGUUGGUUCCGGUUCCAAGACCCUUUGCCAAUUUUUCAAACUUGACUUCCUUGAGUCUCUCUGGUUGUAACUUGCUGGGAAUAUUUCCCAAAGAGUUACUUCGGAACCUUCUUUUGGGAAACAACAAUUUGGAAGGAGAAAUACCAACAUCUAUUUUUAAUCUUAAAGGGCCUAUGUAUCUUGAUCUUGCUUCAAACAACUUCAGUGGCUUCCGUUUCAGUGGCCCUCAGCAGCCUAGAACUCUUUCAUUUCUUGAUCUUUCCCACAAUAGCUUGUUGUUUGAUUAUAAUGGUACCAGUUCCCCCUUCCUUCAGAUUGAGAACUUGCUAUUGGCUUCUAACAAGUUGAUUCAGGGUAUCCACUCCUCAUAUGCCUUCCUUCAGAUUGGCCACUUGGGUUUAGCUUCUAACAAGUUGAGAACAUUCCCAGACUUCUUGAGAAAUCAGUCCACAUUAAAUUACUUGGACCUUUCAAACAACCAAAUUCAAGGCCAGAUACCCAAUUGGAUUUGGAGGCUCAAUUCUCUUCAAGAACUGAAUCUUUCUUGUAACUCCUUGGAAACUCUAGAAGCUCCUUUACCUAAGGCUAAUUCUUCUACUGUUGUGACGUCACUUGAUCUUCAUUCAAACCAGCUUCAGGGACAAAUCCCAUUGUUCCUACCAUUUGCCCAUUUUCUGGAUUACUCGAGAAAUAAUUUUAGCUCUAGUCUACCGACUGACAAUGGCAGUUUUAUCUCUCAAACUAAUUUCCUCUCUCUGUCAAGCAAUAACUUGCAUGGAACCAUUCCAAGAUCAAUUUGCAAUACAACUGGUAUGGUUCUAGAUCUGUCCUAUAAUUCUUUGAGUGGUAUAAUUCCGCAAUGCUUGACUCAACUUUCGCUUUCAGUCCUUGAUUUAAGGACAAACAACCUCACUGGCUCUAUUCCUGAUAAUUUUCUUGAGCAUUGUAAGCUACAAACUCUUGAUCUCAGCAGAAAUAAUAUACAAGGCCAGUUUCCGAAAUCUCUUGUCAACUGCUCAAGUUUAGGGGUUUUAAAUCUCGGAAACAAUCAGAUAACAGAUACUUUUCCAUGCCUGUUGAUGACCAUAUCCACCUUGCGUGUCCUUGUUUUAAGAUCCAACAAUCUUUAUGGUAGCCUAGGAUGUCCCAAGACCAACAGCACGUGGCCUGUGCUGCAAAUCAUAGAUUUAGCACACAACCAUUUGAAUGGUGAAAUACUGGCAACGUCUUUCGCAACAUGGUAG